GAGGGGGAGCCGAGAACGUUUGCGAACCAACCGCAGGAAACAAACGGGCGGUCACAGAGGGCGGAGGCUGAGCUCACAAUCCCGCAACAAUCCCUCUCCCCGGGGCGGGCUGCGGCAUGGAAGAAGGGGCGCAGGGGGAAACCCCCCGAGAGCAGCACCGCCUCCUGCACCCCGCGCCUUGGCAGGGCGCUCCCCGGAUGGACCACCUUCUCCUGCACCCUCUUUCGGGGCAGGGGGCCAGGGACCCGCACCUCCUGCUCUUCUCCCCCAAACAGGUUUCGCAGCACCCCCUGCUGCACCCCCUGCCGCCCUCCAAGCUAAAUGCCUUGCGCAGGGAGCAGAGACCUCCACUGCCUGGGGAAGGGCUUGCCUAUAAAGAGCAGCAGCAGCAGCACCUGUUGGAAGACCAGCCUUGCCUUCCCAGGCAGCUAUCCCAGCCUGGCCUUGGGUUGGAACCUGGGGUUUGCGAGAAGCUGGAAGAGGCGGUGGCGGAGGGAAAUGGUCAGCAGAAGGUGCUGCAAGUGAAAGCGGAAGAGCGGGAGCAAGAGAACCAACUGCUUCCGACUGGCGGCAGCAACAAGAAAAAGAGAGGGGAGCACAGGGCGGCUGCCAGCCGUCGAGGAGGGAAGGAGGAGGGAAGCUGCGGCGCGAAAGGAGGGGGGGAAGUCAAAGUGGGGAAAGGAGAAGAGCCGGAGGAGAUCAAGAAAGAGGUGAAGGUGGAAGAGAAUUGUGAUGCCAAAGCCUUGGAGUCUGGAAAAGAAGGGGCCAUCAAAACGGAACUGGUGGAGCCUCGCGAGGAAGCUUGCAAGGGGAGGGAAGAGGUGGCAUCCAAGCCUCGCCCCUCCUCCAACGGCCCAGCCCAUGUCAACAAAGAUGCUGACUUGUCUCAGCCUCUGGGGACUCAGCAUCCUCAAGAACUGAAGAUUCCUGUCACGCUCCAUACUGUCCCUCCUGGGGCUAGAAUCCAGUUUCAGGGGCCACCUUCAUCUGAGCUCAUAAGAGUGACUAAAGUGCCAGUGGCACAAGUACCCCUUAAAAUGCAGUCCUUGCUGGAGCCUUCAGUGAAAAUAGAAACAAAAGAUGUGCCUCUCACAGUGCUACCCUCAGAUGCAGGGAUACCAGACACUCCAUUUAGCAAAGACAGAGAUGGCCAUGUCAAGCGUCCUAUGAAUGCAUUUAUGGUGUGGGCAAGAAUUCACCGGCCAGCCUUAGCCAAAGCUAACCCCGCUGCAAAUAAUGCGGAGAUAAGCGUUCAGCUUGGAUUGGAGUGGAACAAACUCACAGAAGAGCAAAAGAAACCUUAUUAUGAUGAAGCUCAGAAGAUUAAGGAAAAGCACAGAGAAGAAUUCCCUGGUUGGGUUUACCAACCACGACCUGGCAAAAGGAAGCGGUUCCCCUUGACAGUCUCCACAGUAUUCUCUGGCACUACUCAGAAUAUCAUUGCUACCAGCCCAAUGACAGCCUCCACUGUCUUUACUGGGACAUCUCAGAAUAUUAUUACUACAAAUCCAACUACCAUUUACCCUUUCCGAUCUCCCACCUACUCUGUGGUCAUACCCAGCGUACAGAACAGCAUUGGACACCCAGUCUGUGAAGCCCCUUCUACUAUCCAGCUGCCAGGUCCUUCUGCUCAGCAUCCAGGCCCUAUUACGCUGUUCCAGCCAAAUGUAGGAAGCACAGCGCCACUGGCUGCCUCAUCGGCAAAUCUGCCGAUUCGUCCAGUGCUUCAAUCUCAGCGUUUUGCUGCACCUUCACCAACAGAAGCUCACCGUGUAUCAUCAGGAACAAAUUGCUCUAUAAAGAGACCAACCCAGAUUUCUAUCGAAAGUGCAAGCAGGAACCCAAAUAAUACAAGCACCACACAUUCCAGAUACAGUGUCUCAAAUAGUCAACCCCCUAAGGAGUACUCAGGUGUUUCUUCUUGUUCUAGAAAUGGACCCAUUCCUCAAGCUCCUCCCAUCCCCCAUCCACACGUUUAUCAACCUCCUCCCAUCGGUCAUCCAGCCACCCUGUUCGGAGCUCCUCCUCGAUUUUCAUUUCAUCAUCCUUACUUUUUACCUGGGCCCCAUUAUUUCCCAUCAAGCACAUGUCCAUACAGUCGCCCACCGUUUGGCUACGGAAACUUCCCCAGCUCCAUGCCUGAAUGUCUUGGCUUUUAUGAAGACCAGUAUCAAAAACACGAGGCAAUGUUUUCUGCUCUGAACAGAGACUAUCCUUUUAGAGAGUAUCCUGAUGAGCAUACGCAUAGCGAAGACUCCCGUAGCUGCGAGAGCUUGGAAGGGACAUCCUAUUACAGCAGCCACAGUCAGACUGAAGAAGAAUACUUAAACCCUAUGCCACAGCUGGACAUUGGGGCCCUUGAGAAUGUUUUUACUGCAACCCCAUCCACACCCUCUAGUGUACAGCAAGUCAAUGUGACUGAUAGUGAUGAUGAGGAAGAAGGAAAGGUGUUAAGAGAUUUGUAA